CGAGGUUAUUCUGCAAAAGUUCCAAUAUUUGUCUUCUCCUGGCAUUCCUCAGAAUUCGCUCACUUUUGUUGGCACCGAUAAUCUCUUUCUCCCAAACAAACCAUGGCUACUCAGCAGAAGCCAGCAGAUAUAAUUGAACACCAUGAGGCUGUAGACGAAGCAGCCGGGGCUGAGCAUGAAGACCUUGCCCUCGAUGCCGAAGCCAAAGGUCAAGGUCUUACUGGUUACGAACACUUGACUGCGUGGGAGACGAUCAAGGCAUUUAAAAUAAAUACGUUGAUCUGUUUUCUCACAUCGAUCAGUGCAGCGACGGAUGGUUAUCAAAUUGCAAUGGUUGGGAACAUCAUUGCCAAUAAAGGAUUUAUUAAGCAGUUUGGUAAUAAGCUUAAUUCAGAGGGAGAGGUCACGCUUGCCGCAUCAACGUUGAGCACCUUUAACGCGCUUGCGUCUGUCGGUCAGAUUGUAGGCAUGACCACAAUUCCUUUCGUAUCCAGCCGUUUCGGUAGAAAAGGCGCAAUGUUUCAUUACUGGGUUAUACUCGCUUUGAGUGUCAUAGUCGAAUGCGUUGCCAGAAACUGGAAGGUAUGGGUUGUCGCAAAAUUCCUCGGCGGCAUUGGUGUUGGCUCUAUGCAGUCGACCUUGCCUAUCUACAUUGCUGAAAUCGCACCCAUUCGCGUACGAGGCGUGUUCUUAAUGUGUUAUAGUUUCUGGUGGAUGACCGGCCAAUUCUUUGCUCCUAUCGCGCUUCAGGUCAUGGCUGACAAGAAUCCGAACAACUGGUUGACAGCAAUUUACACGCAAUGGUCUCAGAUUGGGCUGAUGUUCAUUAUCUAUCUUGGACUCCCCGAAUCCCCGCUCUGGUGCAUUACGAAAGGCAAAACAGAGAAAGCCAAGCAAAUGAUUCGAUACAUCUACAAAGGUGUCGACAUCGACGUCGAGCACCAGUACAGGCUGAUGGAACUUGUUGUACAGCAUGAGCGUGCAGAAGCUGCCGGACGAACAGAAAAAUGGUGGGCCAUCUUCAAGGGCCGGGACGGUUUCCGGACAAUCGUUGCAUGUUGGACUUUGAUGACCCAGCAGUUCAUUGGUCUUGGAGUUUUCCUCAGCUUUGCGAGUUACUUCUUUCUACAGGCUGGUCUUGAAGAUCCGUUCAAAGUUGUCUGUAUCACUUCGGGCAUCAACAUUGCCGCCGUUGUUGUGACAAUGUACUUGGCCGACACGACCGGCCGUCGGUCCUUGGCUUGUAUAGGUACGACGAUAUGCUGGUUAAUGAAUGUCGCUGUUGGUAUUCUCAGUGUGGUACCGAAGAAUAAGGCGACCAAUAAUCUUGUUGUGGUAUUCGCUGUUUUCUGGAACAUCGGCUUGAUGGCCAAUGGUGCCACUGGAUGGGCUUACAUUGGCGAGAUAUCAUCCCAAAGGCUCCGACCAUACACUGCGGGCUUUGCAGCCGCCUCCUCAUGUGUCAUUGGCGUUAUCAUGAGCGUUCUUGUGCCCUAUAUGAUUACUGAAACCGAAUGGAACUGGAGUCUGAAGACAUGUUGGUUCUUUGCGGGUAUCGGCUUCCCUUUCACCCUGGGAAUGUGGCUCCUAAUCCCGGAGACAUCUGGACGCUCCGUUGCUGAGCUUGAUGAGCUCUUCGAACGGAGAAUCAAGCCAUGGAGGUUCCAUAAGACCAUCACGAUGACCGAACGUCUCGCUGGAGCAAAUGAGAAAGGAUCAGAAUAAGUAGCCUUGUAAUCGGGUUGCACGGAGU